UUGAUUAUUGUUGCAUCCAUUAGUUUUUUAUGUUUUAUUUAAUCAUCCAUCUAUGUAUCAGAAUUCAGUUCUCUUAUGAUUGCUCCCUUUUUGUGCAGGCCCCGUUCCAGAAGAAAAGUUGUUGAUAAUAUACGCUCGCAUUUUAAUAUUCCCGUAGAGAUUAAACACUUGCCUGUUGGAGACGCUCUUUGGAUUGCUCGCCAUAAAGAACUUGACACGGAGUAUGUUCUUGAUUUCAUUGUUGAAAGGAAAAAUGUGGAUGAUUUACUUGGGUCGAUUAAAGACAACAGAUACAAAGAUCAAAAACUAAGACUGAAGAAAUGUGGGCUAACGAAGUUAAUAUAUCUAGUUGAAGGGGAUGUAAACACUGUAGAUGGAUCAGAGAGUGUUAAAACAGCCUGCUUCACUACUGAGGUUCUUGAAGGAUUUGAUGUCCAGAGAACCACUGGGUAUGCUGACACUGAAAAGAAAUACGGCCACCUCACGGGCUCUAUAAUUGAUUACUACAGCAGAAACUUCUCUGCUGGUGCUGAUACCUCUCGACUUUGCCUGACCUACGACGAGUUUGUGAAGAGGUGUUCUGACCUUGAGAAGGUCACUAUGGGCGAUAUAUUCGCCCUUCAGCUUAUGCAGGUGCCACAAGUGACAGAAGAAGCUGCUCUUGCUGUCACGAGUCUCUACCCCACUCUUCUCUCGCUUGCUAAGGCGUACACCUUGCUUGAUGGCGAUAGGCGUGCCCAGGAGGAGAUGCUGAAGAACAAGAGCGACAUGGUCAACACGGGGGCUAGCAAGAACAUCUUCAAGCUCAUCUGGGCGGAAGGAUGAACACCCCGUACUUAGCCGGUCUUUUGGUCACCAUCGCGGUGAUUUCAGAUCUUCUACGCAAGUUCCCAAGGUGAAGACAGGAGGGACCCUUUUUGUGCUGUGCCUGGUGCCUUGGAGAACUGAAAGUCACUGAACUUGUAACCACCACCUAACAGAACGCCUUAGCGUGGCCUCGCUCCCCGUUUAAAUUACUACUAGAAUUGCAUGCUCCAAAUUAUGGAGUCGUCUUAUUAAGGUAGUGCAUUAGCGCUUCAUGUGUGUAUAUAUACUAAUAUUAGUUCUCGACUCAGUUGCUUGGAUUAUGUGAUGUCUUGUGUUAACUCGA